AGCAUCGGGGGUGUGGUCACACGUGUGAAGCAAAGUCACGUUGAACCAAGGAUACGGCGGUGUGUGUCUGUGAGCUUCUCUCUAUAAAGAAGCAGAAGAAACACACAUGUUGAGAUUUGUGAGCGGGAGCUGCUUCCAUGUUUAGGUUCUCAGACGUUUAUCAUCUGAUCUUAAAUCCGUGCUGCAGCUCUGAUGGUUCCUUCUGAAACCCUGUGGAAGGGAAGCUUCAGCUGUAGCAGCGUUUGCUCAAAAUGUAAAACUUCAUUGUGAUUAUUCUAUCCACUAAUUAUGUUUCUGUUUUCAUUCCAAACUAAAACAAGGAUGAAGGUGAAUUCCACUCAGGUUGUAUAUUUUACUCUAAACGCCUACUUGGACACCAGUUCAUUCACCUGCUUCUUCUUCAUGAUAGUUCUGAUCCUGUAUGUUUUAAUCGUUGGUUGUAACGUUCUGCUCAUCGUGGUCAUCUGUGUGAACAGGACUCUACAUGAACCCAUGUACAUGUUUCUCUGCAGCCUGUUUGUGAAUGAGCUGUAUGGAAGUACAGGCUUGUUUCCCUUCCUGCUGAUUCAGCUUCUCUCUGAUGUUCACACCAUUUCCGCUCCUCUCUGUUUCCUGCAGAUCUUCUGCCUUCAUAGUUACGCAAGUAUAGAGUUUACCAACCUGGCCGUCAUGUCUUACGACAGAUACCUGGCCAUCUGUCGUCCUCUGCAGUAUAACACGCUGAUGACGAUGAAGAAAGUUGCAGUUCUCAUAGCAGCAUCGUUGGCAUUUUCUAUUUCAGGAGUUAUGAUAACAACAUCUCUGAGUUUCUCCUUGCAGCUGUGUGGAAACAUCAUAAACAAAGUCUACUGCAACAACUACUCUAUAGUUACACUGGCCUGCUCCGACACUACGGUUAAUAAUGUUUAUGGACUAACUGGGACAUCUGUGAGCGUCCUGCUCCCGGUGGUUCUGAUCAUCUACACCUACAUGAGGAUCCUUAAAGUGUGUUUUUCUGGAUCCAAACAGACCCGACAGAAAGCCGUCAGCACCUGCACGCCUCACCUGGCCUCUCUGCUCAACUACACCUUUGGUUCUUGUUUUGAGGUGAUUCAGAGCAGGUUUAACAUGACAAGAGUUCCUAACGUUGUAAGAAUAUUUUUAUCUUUGUACUUUCUAACAUGUCAGCCUCUUUUGAACCCUCUGAUGUACGGCCUGCACCUGUCUAAAAUACGCAGCCUGUGGAAAAAGUUGUUUCGUAACAAGUGGAGGUAACAGCUUUCUGAGAGGUGAUGCUUUUGACAUGUUCACACAAAUCUCCUAAGUUAACACUGAUGUUAUUUUGUGUGCAAAAAUGAAUUAAAAUGAUAAUUCAACCGCUCUUUAACCUGCUGAAAGUUUAAACGUCCUUAUUGAAAGUCUGCUAGUCACCUGCUGAUUGUAAUCAGGUGUGUUGGAACAGAGAUAAAAGUAAAACGUGCCGGGCCCUCCUGGUUAAAGUGCUGCUUGUGAGUGAGUUUCUACUCAAGCUC